AUGACCGAAGAGACUACCACUAAACCAGUUGAAGCAAAGACGGAGGAAUCUGCUCCAAAGCCACCAACCUCAUCAGUUUUUUCUAUGUUUGGCGGUAAAAAAGCUGAAAAGGCGCAUGCACCAGAAACUGCAGAGGAGACUAAGGAGGAAGAAAGCAAAGAGCCUUUUACUAAGAAGGAUGAGGACGAAUCACCAGAAUCACCAGAUGUUCAUUUUGAACCAAUUGUUCAUUUAGAAAAGGUUGAUGUUAAAACUUUUGAAGAAGAUGAAGAGGUGUUAUUCAAAGUCAGAGCAAAGUUAUUCAGAUUCGAUGCUGAAGCUAAAGAAUGGAAGGAAAGGGGCACUGGUGACUGUAAAUUCCUUCAAAACAAAUCAACGAAGAAAGUUAGAUUACUUAUGAGAAGAGACAAGACUUUAAAGGUCUGUGCUAAUCACUUGAUCGCUCCCGAAUAUGUUUUAAAGCCAAAUGUUGGUUCAGACAGAUCAUGGGUUUAUGCAUGUACUGGUGACGUGUCAGAAGGUGAAGCUGAACCUUUCACAUUCGCGAUUAGAUUCGGCAGUAAAGAAAAUGCUGAUAAAUUCAAGGCAGAAUUCGAAAAAGCUCAAGAAUUAAACAAAAAAUAA